AUUGUGUAUAUUUAAAGGCGUUCUAUAAAUAUUGCAGAAUAAUACUGAUUAUAAAAGCUCUUUGCUUGAAUUAAUGUUUACAGGAAGUACACCUUAUAUUCACGUGGUGUUGACGAGUCUUCUUCACACGGCCCAAGAGAUAUUUAACUUCAGAGGGUUGCUUCAACUUCAUAAAUACCUCCAUUUGAAUCGAACCACUUCACGUGAUCACCAAUCCAUUUCUUCUCUAACCGAGACCAGUAGAUUGGAACAUAUCGUUUUGUACCAGUCUGUAAAGUUGUGACAACCUAAUAUGACACAGCGUACUUGUCGGAUCUUAAUAAUUGACUAAAUGAAGCAUAGCUAUCGAUAACCGCGAUUUUAAACUGCGUUAUCUAUCCCAAACUUGAUGCCGUUACAACACUUGACUUUGAAUUUGGACAUCGUGACCUAUGUAAUUUAUUGACUAUAAGUAGGUCGCUAAUUGUCAUCCGAUUGGGCUAGAAUGAAAUCAUUUGAAGAGAAUUAUUCAGUUGAGUUUUGAAUUACGACCAUGGAAAUUUAGUUAAAUUUUGGAUUACACGUAAAAAUGAAAACCGUAUUGAUACUCCUCUCUGUCAUUAGAUUAGUAGAGUUAUGGUGCCGACCCAAUGAGCGGGCAGACAUUGUGUUUAUUUUCGAGGAAUCUUACAGCACCGGCGAGAUGAGGUCGCCGUGGACAGAAUGGAACUACGAGAAAGACUACUUGGGAAAAAUCGUCAACGAAAUGUAUAUAGACCCAGACAACGGUAUACGCGUGGCGGGCAUUACGUACAACACAGAGGCGAAGAUCCGCUUCUAUCUCAAUACCCACACCACCAAGUCCGCCAUUAUUAGCGCUAUCACGGGUAUCUCCACCGACAGGAGGAAUUGGUUAUUCGAAAACGAUACGGACUACUCGUACAAAGGGUUGCAGAUGGCUUAUGAUUCUAUAUUUGUGUCCAGUCGAGGAGACCGGGCGGAUGUACCGAAUUAUUACAUAUACACCACUGAUUACAUCUUCUCCGGGGACAACCCCUACAAUACUGGGCUUACUAUUCGGAAUGCCGGGGACAAUUAUAUAUGGGCCAUAGGGGUAAAAUCCGCUGCAGGCCAAUCGCUUCUGUCACAAUCCGUGGGGUCGGAUGGAAAAUACUUUACAGGGUCCAGUUUUCAAUCUCUGAAUACAGUAGCUAAUGCUGAGGACUUUUGGUUGCAGUUUUGGGGUUGUCCAUUAGUGGACCCAGCCAUUGGGAAGUAUUAUUGCUUCUUAGUUCCACUUCUAUACUUUGAGGAGCCAGCACAAGCAACUGCCAGUACAGAGACUUGUGAGCAGGAUGACGGCAUGAUGUUCCUGAUGCAGGACCCCCUGUUUGAGAUCAACUGUUGUGGUUUGAUAACGGCAUGGGAGUUUUAUCCGUGUACUGUAGGGAUCGUGCAGUUCAUGGUCUGGACCUUCAAAUCAGGAACGACGUACGAACUCAAGGCCAUACAGGAAGUGGAAGUCAUAGAUACGGAUUUAGGAAGCGCUUUGAACUACACAGUCCCCGAAGAAGAACGCAUUGCAAUAGUAGAGGGAGACAGAAUCGGCUGGCGAACGGCGGCGAAGAACAUUGUGUCUUAUCAAGCGUGUGAUUACCUGACGGACCGCUACUGCCCACAAAACACGUAUCGCACGCAGUAUACAGAUGACCCAUAUGAAUACAUGCAGAUGGAUUGGUCAGCACAAGCGUCAAAUACGUCAACCGUGGAAAAAUUGACCAAUCGAGGAUACACUCUAAAAGUGUACGCCAACAACAACACAGAAAUCUCGUUUGAAGAAACAUUUUACCUGACGUCAGCUGCCGACCACUGGCCGAUAGGAACGAGCUUUUCAUCUUUCGCUCUUCUGGGACAAGAUUACAAAGAAAACGUGACGUUUUCCUGGGCUCAGAGCAAUUCUUAUAUUGACUUAAAUGAAUCUUACAGUUUUAUACAAGUCGCACGACAACUUGAGCCUUCAGAGAGUCCGACUGGUCUGGCAGGCUACCAAGCCAAGCUUAGGGUAGUGGACACCUGUCGGAAUACUGCCACAACCACCUUCAGUGUGGAAACGUUUAAUGGGCCUCCAGUCAUCACAAAUUUUCCUAAAGAAAUGGCAGUGCUAGAAACACAGGGCGGAAGCGAAUUCAUUUACAACGUCGCAGUUUACGACCCCACGGUACCACCUGACGCCGUGUGUUGUACCCUAGAGAGCGUUCGACCACAAACUCUAAACUUUGAAAUCAAAUUGAUCAACAGUACCAAAUUUUUGCUUUAUACGUAUGAAAAGCCUAUAUUUGCGUUUAAGGAUGUGAAUUCUUACAUGUUGACUGUAUGCUGUGAAGACGGAUUUGGAACAGUGAAGGGCAUCCUGAAAAUCGAUGUCACAGAGGUCAAAGAAAAGGAAACCUAUGAACCGCCGUCCUGGUUCUUCACAUCAGUGAUAGCAAGCCUGGUUCCAAUCGCCAUUAUGUUCUUGUUUGCUUGCUGCCUGCUCUGUUUCUCCUUCUUCUUGUCACAGGACACGAUGUGAACAUUUCGAUUUAUGGAUUAUAAUCAACUGUAGUUAUGAACAGACUGAUUUCCAGACCUGCAAUGCUGCUACUUCUAAUGAUAAGAGACAUCUCAAUUCAAGAACGACAACUCCGUGUCCCGUUUUACAAUAGUACUUCCGGCUGGUAUCGACAAUAUUCAGUUUAUUCAUACCUACUGUUGACAUAUCUGUAUAAAAAGAAAAUCAAAUAGAAAAUCAACCACAAACAAACGAUUUCGCAAAAGUUUCUCAGUCGACAAUAUUUCACAAUGGAGUCAAAAUGUGUGAUUACAGCCAUCGGUUUCUGUUGAAUUCUUCAUCCUGAAGCUAUUCUAGCUGUUGCUAAACCAUUUAAAAUUUUGAUUUUGAAGAUGUUUCCCUUUGCACCGAUUCAGUAUAAAACCAACUUGAAAUUCAUUUGAUAGUGUGCUUUUACGUGUAUAUAAAUCUUUGGCAUCUAAAGGUAAUUAAUACAUGUACAUGCAUAUCAAUA